AUGGCGGCUAUAGUAGACACUCCCCGCAAGCUCUGGGAGCACCCAAAUCCCCAGUCGACACGAAUGGGACAAUUCAAGUCCAAGAUAGAAAAGUCCAAGGGAAUUCAGUUUGCUAACUACGAUGCCCUCUAUCAAUGGUCAAUCCAGAACCGCUCUGAAUUCUGGAGCAACGUCUGGGAAGAAUUGCCUCUAAUUCACGAAGGGCAACAUACAAGAGUUGUUGAUGAAUCCGCCCCAAUUCAAAGCAACCCAGACUGGUUCCCAGGUGUACGGAUCAAUUUCGCAGAGAACGUUUUGUUCAGUGCACAAAGCUAUGCAGAUGCAAAAGCUGGUGUGCGAUCCAUAGUUGGAAAGGAGGAUUCGAAGAUUGCUGUACACGAGGUUGUAGAGAGCGACCUCCAGUCACCGAGGGACUACACAUGGGGUGAGCUAAGACAGCAAGUUGGGCUUUAUACACAGGCGCUUAAGGCUGCGGGUGUCAAGCGGGGAGAUCGAGUUGCUGUUGUGACUGGCAAUAACAUUAAUUGCCUUGUACUAUUUCUUGCAACGACAUCUCUCGGAGCUUUGAUUUCGACAACGUCGUCGGAUACUGGCACGAAAGGAAUCCUAGACCGUCUGACGCAGAUCAAACCAACCCUACUCUUUGUGGACGAUGCAGCCGUCUACAAGGGCCAGAUAGUCGAUCUGCGCGGUAAGAUCUCUGAAGUCAUCAACGGACUUCAGGGUAUAUCCGAGUUCAAAGGAGUUAUUGCAUUGCCCAGAUUGCGUGACCAGCCCAGAGAUAUCACAGGUAUUCCACGUACCCAACUCUUGAAAGAUUUCCUUUCAAAAGCACCUUCCGACAAAUUGGAAUUUGUUCGCGUAGGAUUUCGUGAUCCGUUCUUGAUCGUGUACUCGUCCGGCACGACGGGUCAGCCCAAAUGCAUUGUCCACUCGACAGGAGGAGUGUUGAUCAACUUAGCCAAGGAGUCGAUAUUACAUCGAGACAUGGGACCAAACAGUACCAUAUUGCAGUAUACGACCACUGGGUGGAUCAUGUAUUUGACUUCAGUGGCUUCUCUGCUUUCAGGGUCCAAGAUCAUCCUAUACGAUGGAAGUCCGUUUGCGCCAGAUGCAGGCUUUCUCAUCCGUCUGGCUGGAGAGCAAAGAGUAACGCACUUUGGCAUAUCGCCUCGCUACCUGCAAGAACUACGCAAACAAAAAAUCCAACCACGAAAAAUAGCUGAUCUGAGCAGUCUCUACAUUGUUUCAAGUACCGGCAUGGUCCUAGCAGAUUCCUUGUUCGAAUGGUUCUACGAUGAAGGCUUCCCGGCUCACGCACACCUCGGAAAUAUCUCUGGCGGAACUGAUAUUGCAGCCUGUUUUGCAAUAGACAACCCGCUCAGCCCACUGUAUGUUGGAGGAUGUCAAGCUGCUGGACUGGGUGUGCCGAUUGCAGUAUAUGGUCAAGUAGAUGAAGGUCUAGAGGGUGUCAAUGGUUCAGCUCUCCCAGACGGUGAAUCUGGUGAACUGGUUGCUACGGCUGCGUUUCCUUGUACACCAGUUACAUUCUGGGGUGAAGAUGGGCCAGGGAAGUAUUUCAAAGCAUAUUUUGCUAGGUUCAACAACGUAUGGACACAUGGAGACUUCAUCACUAUCCAUCCCCUCACCAAGCAGGUAAUCUUCUCCGGCCGCUCCGACGGUGUCCUCAACCCAUCCGGCAUCCGUUUCGGAUCAGCAGAGAUAUACAAUGUCCUCGAGACACAAUUCGCAUCCGAAGUACUUGAAUCAGUCUGCGUGGGCCAAAGACGUCCACAAGAUCUAGACGAAUCAGUCUUGCUCUUUGUCCAGAUGCAACCAGGUCGAAAAUUCACUGAAACCCUUGUACAGCGCAUGAGAGAUGCGAUUCGCAAAUCACUUAGUCCACGACAUGUACCAAAGUACAUCUUUGAGACACCUGCGAUUCCGACAACGGUCACUGGCAAAAAGGUCGAACUUCCAGUUAAGCAAAUUGUAUCUGGAAAACGAAUCAAGCCAUCUGGAACACUGGCUAAUCCUGAGAGUUUGGAGUUUUACUAUCAAUUCGCUGAAGUUGAAAAACUGGGCAAAGUGCGAGCCAAGUUGUAAUUUCGAUAUCAAUCCGGGGGUGGCGGAUAUGAAUGUAAUUACGUACAUAGACACUAUCAACACAAUGUAUAUCGACUCUAUCGCAGUAUCAAUCCAAUUUCAGCAUCAUCCCCAGCGAAUGCGGCGCCGUAUACACAAACCCAUUCCUCUCAUACAACUUCCUCCCCGGCUCAUCAGCAAGUAGAUUAACAUACGGCUUUGGACCCCCAUUCUCAAGAACAUCAGCCACCACAGGUUCCGCCCUGAUUCUCUGAAUGAGCUGUUUGAGCACAUAGUCACCCAGUCCUUUCCUCUGAUGGGAUGGUAAAACAGCCAUAUCGGCGAUUACGAAGUACCAGCCUCCGUCACUGAUUAUGCGGCCCAUGGCGACAAUCUCGGGCUUUGUUUCUAUUGCAUUCUCGGUCGAGGACUCAGAAGGAGUGUAUUUGAUCAUGCAGCCGUACCAGCUCCCCUUCGGUACGGCUUGGGCUUGUACGAGAGAAACGGCUGCGAGACCGGAGGUUUUGCGUAGAUUGCAGUAAAUCUCGGCGGGUGGGUAGCCUAUAUGCAGACUGUAACCUGGCGGAAGUUGACGUGCCAUUUUCUUGUUCAAUUUUGGUAUAUUGCUUUGGAAAUUGUCUUUCCUGCUCUUCGUCGUUAUAACUCGGGUUUUAUAGUUGUACGCAUGAGAUGGAU